GGUGAAGAGAACGGGUUCCUCUGCUAGCAUAGCCGGCUAGUCCCGCUCAUUAGCCCCCCACCUAUUACAGCUAAUUUCGCCUUAAAUGGGUGUCGUGUCAGUGUGGUUAGAGGAAGAAGGAUGGCGUGUUUGUCACGUCGAGGAGCAGCAGGAGCCCGAGCAGUUGUUGUGUAGGGUUUUAUUCACGUAACUACAACGUCACUGCGGGCUAAUACGCUAUAGCUCAACAUGGAUGAUGAGCUAGCUGCGUUAACGUUCUACAGUAUUGCAGUGCGACUUUAGAGCCCCAGUGUGGGAUGUGCCAUGUGUGCUAGCUGUGCGAGAGGAAAAUGAAACCCAGUCGCAACCUCAUCCUCGUCCUGUGCACCACACUGGUCCUGGGAUUUCUCUACUACUCGUCAGAGAGGAUCAGCUCACAAGGCUGGAGCCACAAAUCACUGUAUGACAAACAAGGAUUCCUUCUAAAGCUGGACUGUAAACUGCCUUUGGAGCUGAUCAUCAAGUACAACAAUCUCAGUGAGGGAGCCUGUAAGCCCGGAUAUGCCGCUGCUAAGAUGGCUGCCAUUCACCCAAAAUUCACCAAACUGGUGCCAAUGUUCCUGGAUCCAAAUUACAAACGGUUCUCCAGGAUUGACAAUUUCCCUCCCCCUUUCGGAGUCAAAUCACAAGAGAGGAUCAUAGAUGUUCUCCUUUCAGAGAUGAAGAACUAUGGCCUUGGAGAAGAGCUCGACAGUAUGAGCUGUAAGACAUGCGUUAUCGUGGGGAACGGAGGAAUCCUCACCAGCAAGUCUCUGGGGUCCAAGAUUGACCAGUUUGAUGUGGUGGUCAGGUUAAACCAGGCUCCGGUGAAAGGCUUUGAGAAAGACGUAGGCUCUAAGACCACGCUGAGGAUCACGUAUCCAGAGGGAGCCAUCCAGAAGACGGAGCACUACGAGUCUGAGUCUCUGUUUGUCCUCUCUGCCUUCAAAGCUCAGGACUUUAAGUGGCUGCAACACAUGGUCUUCAACAAGAGGCUGAUUAGCACUGAUGGCUUCUGGAAGUCAGUGGCCCAGCAUGUUCCUCGGGAGCCCAGCGAGAUGCGCAUCCUGAACCCCUACUUCAUCCAGGAGGCCGCCUUCCAGCUGAUCGGCUUGCCGUACAACAAGGGACAGAUGGGCAACGGGAAUAUCCCAACCCUGGGGGCAGUUGCCAUAACGAUGGCCCUUCACAACUGUGAUGAAGUAGCCGUGGCUGGAUUCGGCUACAACUUGAGCACCCCCCACGCCCCUUUGCACUACUAUGAGAAGACCAAGAUGUCAGCCAUCAAAGAGUCAUGGACUCACAACAUAUCCAAAGAGAAGAAGUUCCUGAUGAAGCUGGUGAAGGCCGGAGUCGUCCAGGACUUGACCGGUGGGAUCUGUGGCGCGGUGUGUUGACCGCCUGGAUCUCAGCUCACAUCUCCACCUGCUCUGGCACCCGAAGAGGGGGGGGGACCUCAAGGCCCCCACGUGGAGGGCCACAUGUUCCCAGCAUGAGAGCAGAAGGUGUCACGUUUUCUACAGAGACACAAACACACACACUGCCCCACCCCAGUGUUGCACUUUGACUUUGAAUCUCAGUAUUUAGCUCGUCCUAGUUGCAGGUUAGUGAAUAUAAAUAUGGAUUUUGGUGCCGUGGAUUGGGAGCUAAAAAGCAGCAGCUGGACCAGGCUGCAGAGAGGAGGAGGAGGAGGAGGAGGAGAAGAGGGAGGAGGAGCCUGUGCCAAGAAUUACCUCGACAAGUGUCCUUCUGCUCACACAGCUGAAUGUAAUCUGCAUUAAACUUAAACUACGCUCAUUCAUAUCUUCCUGUGCUGGAUCAGAGGGAAGCGGGAUCAUCAGAGGAACACGGUGACCAUCGAGACAGUAUUAUAGCGACGCAACGUCAGCGAUAGUGUGGACGCGCUGUGGCUGCAGCCAACGCGUCACGAUGGAGGCAGAUGUUUGAGAAUGGACAGAAACGCGCGUCACGCCACAGCAGUUUCCUGAACGUCGCCGUGUCUUGUGAUUAUUUGUCGCCGUCGCCGUGUCCGUGUAGAUGUUUCAUCUUCACCCGUCAGACCAAAUCUCCCCCCUGUGUGUCUCUCUCUCCCUGACGCUCCUGUGUUCCUCUCAGCAAACGUCUCACUCCUCAAUGACACCCGAACAGAAGAUGACACUAUGAAGAGGCGAGAGCAUUUGCAUGACAGUUAGUUUUAUUUAUACAUAUAUACAUAUAUAUAUAUGUACAUAUAUAUAUAUGAGGCUUAAAUCUUUUUAACUGAGCUCAGUUCAGUUCAGUAUUUCCAACAACUUGCUGGUUCUGAUUUUGGCAUUUUGAGUGUUCUAACGACCGUUGUGUUGCACACUUGUUUUUCUACUCGAUUACGUCUCAUCGGUUCAGUUCAGGUGCAGAGUGCGAAAUAAAAGUUCUCCAAGUCCGUGGGUCAUUUUACAUGAUUUUGAAGCUGUGGCUUUAAAGGGCGCAGUGUGUUCUGAUUUAGGGGGGUCGUCUCUCAAGAGAAAUGGAAUAUUUAGAAAUUCAUCUUGCACUGCUUUAUCCCCUGCAUGAGGGUCGCAGAGGGGCGCUGGUCAGGGUCCAAAUCAUGUAAAAAAUGUCCCUAAUUCAGUUUUUAUUCAUCAAAAUAUCAAUA